UCCCAAUCCUUUUUUUUUUUUUUUGAUAGGAAAAAAUUCCCAAUCCUUCAUCACUCCUCGCAUGCAUGCAUGCAUGCAUGCCCUAAUCCUACGCGACCAAGAAAUUAUUGGCAAAUCGAUCACCGUUGCCAUCCACCAUUGCCGUCCCCCUCUCCUCCUCCUCCUCGCCUUCCUCUUCCUCUCUUUGAUCUAGCUUAGCUCCGCUUGCUUCACCAGUUCAUCAUCUUCUUCUUCUUCUUCUUUGUCUCCCUCGUUUGGUUUGAUCUUUCUUGGUUGAUCCAUCCAAUCCCACCGGCGAGCGCGGCGGUGAGCUCUAGGCGGCGCGGGAGGCCAUGGGCGGCGGGGGAGGCGGCGGCGGCAACACGAGGGAGCUCGACCAGACGCCGACAUGGGCCGUCGCCUCCGUGUGCGGCGUCAUCGUGCUCAUCUCCAUCCUCCUCGAGAAGGGGCUCCACAAGAUCGGGGAGUUCUUCUCGCACCGGAAGAAGAAGGCGAUGGUGGAGGCGCUGGAGAAGGUGAAGACAGAGCUCAUGGUGCUAGGGUUCAUCUCGCUGCUGCUCGUGUUCGGCCAGAACUACAUCAUCAAGAUCUGCAUCACUGAGAAGGCCGCCGACACCAUGCUCCCGUGCCGCCUCAAGGCCUCCACCAUCCCCGGCGGCGAACACGAGGCCACGCCGGCCGAGCACUUCAGCCUCGUCGGCGUCGGCCCUCCCUUCACCGCCGCCUUCUCCCGCCCUCACCACCGUUUGCUCGCCGAGGCCAAGAUGGCAACCAAAUGCCCCGAUGGGAAGGUGUCUCUGAUCUCAAUCAACGCGCUGCACCAGCUGCACAUCUUCAUCUUCUUCCUCGCCGUCUUCCACGUCACCUACAGCGCCAUCACCAUGGCGCUUGGCAGGGCCAAGAUUCGUGGAUGGAAAGAGUGGGAAAAAGAAGCCGCGGGCCAAGAUUUCGAGUUCGCUAAUGAUCCGACGAAGUUCAGAUUUACUCACGAGACGUCGUUCGUCAGGCAGCACAUGAACGUGCUGAACAAGACGCCGGCGUCGUUCUACAUUAGCAAUUUCUUCAGGCAGUUCUUCAGAUCAGUCAGGAGGGCCGACUACUGCGCGUUGCGUCACAGCUUCGUCAACGUUCAUUUAGCUCCUGGCAGCAAGUUCGAUUUCCAGAAGUACAUCAAACGGUCUCUCGAGGACGAUUUCAAGGUCAUUGUCGGAAUCAGCCCUCCCCUUUGGGCAUCUGCUCUCAUCUUCCUGCUCCUCAAUGUCAGCGGGUUGCAUACCAUGCUUUGGAUCUCCAUCAUGCCAGUGGUGACGAUCCUGUCGGUGGGGACGAAGCUGCAGGGGAUCAUCUGCAGGAUGGCGAUCGACAUCACGGAGCGGCACGCGGUGAUCCAGGGGAUACCGCUGGUGCAGGUCAGCGACUCCUACUUCUGGUUCAGCCGACCAACCUUCGUCCUCUUCCUCAUCCAUUUCACCCUCUUCCAGAAUGGCUUCCAGAUCAUCUACUUCCUCUGGAUACUGUACGAGUACGGCAUGGACUCCUGCUUCAAUGACUCCAAAGAGUUCGUCUUUGCUCGCCUCUGCCUCGGAGUUGUGGUUCAGUUCUUGUGUAGCUAUGUCACUCUCCCCCUCUAUGCACUCGUCUCACAAAUGGGGUCAACGAUGAAGCAGUCAAUCUUCGACGACCAGACGUCCAAGGCGCUCAAGAACUGGCGCGCCGGCGUCAAGAAGAAGCCGGCGGCGGCGUCCUCAUCCAAGCACGGCGACGCCGGCGGCGACCACGCGGCGGCGAGCCCCCACUCCGGCAGCCCCAAGGGCGAGGCCGGCGGCGUCGCGCUCACGCAGAGGAAGGCCGGCGGCGGCGAGGCCGGCGGCGAGCAGCAAGCCGGCGGCGGGUCGGGGUCCAAGAAAGGGGAGGAAGGCGAUUACGAGUUCGUCAAGCUCGAGCCGUGAUCGAUUCGAUAUCGAUCCAUUGCAAGCUAAUAGCAAAGGAUAAUUAGCUAAGCUAAUUAAUCGAUCAAGCAUAGUAACUAAUUAAUUACUUAUUACUAAGUGAUUAAUUAAUUUACCAUUGAUUUUUUUUGUUGUACCAGUAGCUACAGGCCUACAGUGCAGCAGUACGUAUAUACGUAUGUAUGUACCGUAUUUCAUACAUAGGGUACGUAUCCUUGAAAAUAUAUAGGGUACGUAGGACAAGCAGGGCGACAGGGAUGAGGAACUGAAUAUGUUUCUGCAGUUUCCCCUCCUUUUUUAAGUGGUUAAUUGUUGUAUUUAUUAUGUUUGAUCAAUGUAUUGUUAUAACUUUGUACAAUUAAGAUAUAAUCGCAGUGUCACAGUUUUAUGAACUAA